AUGCCUGAUUCCGACGCAGUCCACUUCUUCGACAUUGAUUCAACCCUUCCAGGGUCCUCCAGGUCAUGGUCGCCGAACACCCUCAAAGUCCGCUUGGUUCUGAACUUCAAGGGAAUCCCGUAUACCGAGAGCUGGAUCUCGUACCCAGACAUUGAGCCUCUAAACAAGAGCCUCGGAUUGUCUCCAAACGAGGAAGGCAUUCCUUACACACUGCCAACUAUCAUUCACUCCUCCGUGAAGUCCAACCCACACGGAGCUCUCACAGAUUCUUUCCCCAUCAUCCAGCAUCUGGACAAAGUCUUUCCGUCACCGCCGUUGUUCCCCUCUGGCGAUGCCAGCGCCGCAAUUGCCAUUGUCGUGGGGAAGGUUGUCUCGCGGAUGAUGCCCAUGUUUCUGAAACUGGCCAUCCCCAAGGUCCUCCCCAUUCUAGACCCCCGCGGGCAAGAGUGUUUCGAGCGCACGCGGAGACAAGCGUUCGGAAAGCCGGUCGAGGAGUUAUACCCCAAGACGGACGCGGAAUUCGCCGAGGUAUGGAAGUCCCUUGAGACGGAGGCAGAGGUGCUGUUGGAGAUGCUUCGGGGACAGGAGGGAAAGAAAGGGCCGUUUUUCGAAGGGGAGAAGCCGGGCUGGGCGGAUCUACACUUGGUAGCGUUUAUCGCCUGGUUCGAGCGUUCGAAUCAGGACGUGUAUGAGAAGCUCCUCGGCUUAGGAAACGGUGAGUUGAAGGCGCUGUAUAACGCUUGUUCGCCCUGGCUUGCGGACAACGGGACGGAAAAGGAGUGGUCGAUUUCGCAAUAA